AUGAGUCAUAUUCCUGAAGGACAUCAAGGAACGUCUAUUCAUCAUAUCGGAGUCGUUAAAGGAAGUACACAAAGUGCCUACCGUUGUGAGAUUCUCGAUCGUGAAUUUAUGUUUAGUGAUCAAUUGGCAACAGUUAUAAGUGGACUGUAUGGACAUGAUAUUGCUGAACAUGCACAUUUUUAUGUUGAUAAAAAACGUGUUAAUCGUCAGUCAUUAUUAGACGACCAUCAAGGAAAAGAUGUACAUGUUUAUUAUGCGGAUCAUAUUCACGAUCCGAAUCGAAUUGGUUCCUUUAUUAUUCCUGUACUUGAACAUCAUUUGACACAAAGACACCAUGAAACUGGUCAUAUCUCUUAA